AUGGCGGCCCCCAGUAACGCCGAACGUUCUCCUGAUCUAUCAGUGCCGCUGAAGAUUCCCAAAACCGAGGUUCCUUCCCCAGAGCACGGCAUUGGGAAGAGGAAGAGCAGUUACUCCAUCGAGCAGCUGGAGAAGGUGUUCGGGCAGGGCGGCUGGGAUUCUCAAAGCUGUCAGCCUGUGCUGAUCAACAGCAGCGGGCUCUACCAGGAGAUGGAGUCAGACGGCAGUACGAUGGAGGACUACUCUCAGGAAGACUGGUGUAAUCAGGACCUUUCUGCUGCCUUCAAUGAGGGAGACAUAGAAACAGAAGACAACCAACUUCCAAAAACCAGAGUUCUUCAGAUACGACUGGAGCCAUCUGAGCACACUCAACGCCAGGAAGUGAUGGAGAACGUGAUGCGUAUCCUGGAGUCAGUGGAGGUCAAAUGGGAGCACUUCCAGACAUGGACUGACUUCUCCCGCCUCCACCUGUCCAAUAAGCUGGCCAUCUUCGGAGUGGGCUACAACACACGCUGGAGAGAGGAGAUUCGCUACCACUAUGCAGAAAUCAGCUCACAGGUCCCUCUGGGAAAACGACUGCGGGAAUACUUCAACCCUGAGAAGGCCGAGGGCAGGGUUAUCAUGACCAAGGUGCAGAAAAUGAACUGGAAAAACGUGUAUUAUAAAUUCCUAGACAUCACUAUUAGUGAAGCUCGCUGUUUGGAGCUGCACAUGGAAGUGGACUGGAUCCCGAUCGCACAGACGAGAGCGGCAGGGUGCAGCAAUGGCACCCAGUACCUCCUGCCAGGGGGCAUCCCAAAAACAUAUGGCCUGUAUGCAAUAGGCUACGAGGAGACGAGCAGGUCCAAUACUUCGUCUAGUACAGAUGACAAGUCCUCCCCCUCACAGGAAGAGGAGGAGACGGACCAUUGCGAGAGCGUGGAGAAGGACAAGAGGACAUCAUCCAAAGUCACUUACUGUUACCUCGGCAUUGCAGAGGAAAGGACGCUACAGCAGUGUCUGUUCCAGCACUUUCAGACUUCAGGCAAACACUACAGCCGAGGGGAGCCUUCGGCCGUAACCAGGUUCCUGCAGGACAACUGCACCGGCCAGGCCAAGGAGGGCGUCCUCUCUGGAUUACACAUCUACAUUAAGUUCAUCGAGGUGGAGCUGGACUUUCUCUCCGCCGGAUCUUUAGUGGAAUGUUUAGAGACUGCGAUUGGUUAUUCGUUAAAGUUCAACAAGAAGGAUGCACUGUAGCGGUUACAUUUGCCAAUGAUGCUCUUUAAAGCCAGGAUUUUGAAAUAUAGACUUGAACUCAAAGUAUUUAUGUGGUAUGUCAGGCACAGUCUGUUUCCGAAAGGGGCCGAAUAAUCUCCUUUGCAGUAAUUGUCUUUAUCAGGGAGCGUAAACGGGAGCAAACUGCCUUUAUUUAAAUCUCUCGAGAUCCAAAUGCAGGAACUGUCAGAAAA